CGGCCCCGCCCCGUCGCGCAUGCGCGCUCCGCACUUGUUGCUGAGCUCGUAACAGCAGGGCCGGGCAGGGGCCGCCCCGGCGCGGUGCAGGGCAGGGCAGGCUGGGCAGGUGCGGCGCUGCCCGAGGACCGAGGUAAGACAAAAUGAACCCUUUCUUUUUUCUGGGUUUCGGACAUUCUCAUCUGGUCUACUUCUGGAAUAGAAGUGUACCUUUCAACUCAACAAACGAGACAUACUGCUACAGCACUGCCCGGGGCAGCACGGUGCUACAAGGAGUAACUUUUGGUGGAAUCCCAACUGUCCUGCUGCUCGAUGUAACCUGCUUUUUUAUUUUAAUAUUGCUGUUUUCCAUUAUAAGAAAGAGAUUCUGGGACUACGGUCGUGUUGCUCUGGUGUCAGAAGCUGAAAGUGAAUCAAGAUACAACCGAUUGUCAACAUCUUCAUCAAUACCUGAAGAUCUUGAAUAUGAUAAGGGGUUUUGUUCUUGGAUGACAGCUGCUUUUCGGAUGCAUGAUGACGAGAUUCAUGAGAGAUGUGGUGAAGAUGCCAUACAUUACCUUGCCUUCCAGCGUCACAUCAUCUGUUUGUUGAUUGCUAUCAGCAUUUUGUCUGUGUGUGUCAUAUUGCCUGUCAACCUAUCGGGUGAUCUACUUGAUAAAGAUCCCUAUAGUUUUGGAAGAACAACUAUAGUAAACUUACAAACUGGUAAUAAUCUUCUUUGGCUGCACACAGUUUUUGCUGUUGUUUACUUGAUUCUGACUGUUGUCUUCAUGAGGCAUCACAUGAAGUAUGUCACAUAUAAAGAAGAAAACAUAGUUAAGUGCACGUUAUUUAUAACUGGUAUUCCCAAAAAUGCAAAAGAAGAGACAAUACAAGGCCAUUUCACUGCUGCCUACCCAACCUGCACUGUGCUCGAAGUCCAGCUGUGUUACGACGUAGCCAAGCUUAUUCAUCUCUUCAAAAAAAGAAAACAGGCAGAAAAAAGCCUGACUUACUAUGAACACCUACAUCAGAAGUAUGGCAAGCUGGUCCAAAUCAACCCUAAGCCAUGCGGUCAAUUCUGCUGUUGUGAAGUGAGAGGAUGCGAAAGGGAGGAUGCUGUAGAUUAUUAUACCAAAGUCAGAAAUGAACUGAUGGAAGAAUAUUCAAAAGAGGAACAAGCAGUUCAUAAUAAACCACUGGGAAUGGCUUUUGUAACAUUUCAAGAGAAAUCCAUGGCAACUUAUAUCCUUAAGGACUUCAAUGCCUGCAAAUGUCAGAGUAUUAAAUGUAAAGGAGAACCCCAGCCAUCGUCCUACAGCAGGGAAUUGUGCAUAUCAAACUGGGAGGUUACAUAUGCUCCUUAUCCUGAGAAUAUUUGUUGGAAAAAUCUUUCAGUGCAUGGACUGAAAUGGUGGUUUAGAUGGGCUUGCAUUAAUUUACUUCUCUUUAUUGUGCUGUUUUUUCUUACCACUCCUUCCAUAAUCAUCUCAACCAUGGACAAGUUCAAUGUCACUAAACCUAUUCACUACCUUAAUAAUCCCAUCGUCAGCCAGUUUUUCCCGACACUUUUGCUCUGGUCCUUCUCAGCAUUGCUACCAACAAUUGUGUAUUACUCAACUUUGCUGGAGUCCCAUUGGACAAAAUCUGCAGAGAACAGAAUAAUGAUGCAUAAAGUCUACAUAUUUUUGAUCUUCAUGGUAUUGAUUCUGCCCUCCCUUGGUCUGACAAGCCUUGACUUUUUUUUCCGCUGGCUAUUUGACAGAGAAUCAUCUGAUUCUGCAGUUAGGCUGGAAUGUGUCUUUUUGCCUGACCAGGGAGCAUUCUUUGUGAACUAUGUGAUUGCGUCUGCUUUCAUUGGCAAUGGGAUGGAGCUGCUGCGCCUGCCUGGCCUCAUCCUUUACACCAUACGUAUGGUAAUGGCGAAGUCCACAGCAGAAAGGAAAAAUAUUAAACAGCAACAAGCAUUUGAAUAUGAAUUUGGAGCGAUGUAUGCCUGGAUGUUAUGCGUGUUCACUGUCAUCAUGGCCUAUAGCAUUACGUGUCCUAUCAUUGUGCCGUUUGGUUUAAUAUACAUACUCCUGAAGCACAUGGUUGACCGUUACAACCUUUACUAUGCAUAUCUCCCUGCCAAGCUGGAGAAGAAGAUGCACUUUGCAGCUGUGAAUCAGGCCCUUGCAGCUCCAAUUCUCUGCCUUUUCUGGCUCUAUUUUUUCUCAUUUUUGCGGCUAGGCUUUAAAGCACCUACAACCAUGUUUACCUUCCUAGUUGUCAACAUCACAAUUGUUAUUUGCUUGGCUUAUACUUGUUUUGGCUGUUUCAAGUACCUCAGCCCACUGAAUUACAAGAUAGAUGAUGUGCAAGGCGAAAGAGGAAAUGACACAGAUGUACCAACCAUCCCAACAUCUUCUAUGUACGUCCCCAGAGUUUUGCAUCCUCAUGCUACAGAAAGAACGAUGCUUGCCCAUAAGGAGCAGCAAUCAUAUGGCUCCAUGGACAACACUAGUCCGCAGGGAGAAGAAAUUGUAAACUGUUCUGCUGGACCUGCAAUUACUGAGCAGGCGUUGAGAGGUUCACGUUGAAUGCCAAGGACUAACACAAGGUGGGGCGCUUGCUCCAGGUUUAGGAGAACCAAUUCCCCACUACCACCUGCUAAGCAUUCUGUUUUGUUUAUGUACUCCUGCCUACAGAAGAUGUAUGGUAAUAACUAAUUUUGUGGUCUGCAAUUGUGCCCGGAAAUUAAAAUGCAGAUGUCUUGGGACUGAUUGUUUUCCAGGCUGUCAACACACAUUUUGAAACAAACGUGUUGAACACAGAGAUGCUGAUUCUCAGGGACUUACUUAUGCUAUCUCUUCACUUGCCUUAUGAAAAUAACUGAUGCUGCAUACAGAUAACUGGUCACCAAAGCAAAUGCAGCUAUUACAGCUGCCAUUUAUUUAUUCAAAAUAAUGUUUGGGUUUUUUUUAAAAAAAAACACCAACAAAUCAACCUCUAGUAUUUAUAAACCUCUUGGAAUGUGUUAAAUCCUGAGGCAGUGUCACUUUUGAUGAAAAUGCUGUUUGUGUGGGUGCUGAGGAUGGUGUGUGGGAGUCUGUCCUCCUGUCACCCAAAGGAGUCGGUGUAUACUUGACGUUCAUUCUUUGAAAGAGAUGAGGGAGUUACGGUGCACUUGGGUACUAAAAAGUACCAAAGCAAAAUGACUGGUGUAAAGAAGGGAGUGGUUUAUAUUUUUUUUUUGGAGAGCAUUUAGGUUGUUAGUUUCUGUUCACUAUUUUUAAGGGACUUCCACAAUGAAAGUUCACCUGCUAACAAUAAAGGAUGUAAACAUUUUAUCUUUCUUUUAAUCUUGGGUCAAAAUGACAGUUCUCUGGAUUUUCUCUAUAAUGCCAAUUAUGUGAGCUGUUAAGAUACUAAGCUUUUAAAUUAUGUAGUAGGUGCCAAUUUAUUCCAAAGCACAAUGUGUCAAAACGUAACUAAAAUCACCGAGCAAUAAAACACUGAGAUCAGAGGAAUUUCAGGCUGUCUUGACUGAUGUGUUUUAUUUGUGUAUUGAAAUAAUUCUUUUGCAAGCUGCCUCACAUCAUGAUCCAUGUCAUGAACUGUUCAUAAGAAUGCUGUCACGAGGCUUGGAAUGGCAGUAUGUCCCAUGAGAGAUUUGACUACUUUUAAAUGUCUCAAGGGGAUAAAUCUUGGUAACCUUUGGGUAGGAGAAUGUUUUGGCCCUCCCCAUCCCUCUGUCUGCAUGCUCAUCAUUAAGCUGUUCCUGAACUUGUAUUCUAGCAUGUCUGUGAAGCAGCAACCUCUUGAGAUGGAGUAGAAUUUGUGCCAUAAAUGUGUGCAGAUGUUCAGUGUCUUGCAGGGCUACCUCCAACUUCCCGAGGCCAGCACUCAGGAUGAAUGCUGAGCAGACCUGCCCUGCUGUAAGAAGGACCCUGCAGAGCUCUGAUAACCCUGGUGACAAGUCUACCUUGUUAGCUGAAGGUACAUGUGACUCCUGGCCUUUAAAAGGCAACCUAAGCAAAUGGCCCAGAUGGAGUUACUGACUGUGGCUCCCAGAAGCCAUAUUUGCUGAGAUCCAGCGCCUGCUGCUUGCCUUGCAUUGCUCAGUUGGAACAACUCCUCCCCCUGACCUUGGUCCUUGCAAAGUCCUGACGUAUUCUAGCAGCCGCCACCAGCAGUGCUCCUGUGGAACACGAAUCCUGGACAAGUCUGACAUGCAAACAUGAGUAAGCCCUCCAGUGUGGUCUGUGAGGAGAUUCUCUGUGACACAGCUGAGAGGACAGCCUCUGAAGAGUUGAAGAACGGAGCCCAUUUGAUAUUGUACAGUUCACUACACUUCUGCAAAGGCUUCACUGUAGCAUUGUCUUCACUACAGAAGAAAAUCAUCUGUAUGUUGUACUGAGACUCCAAAAACCUUGGCUUGUGUAGAUACACCCAGCUCUGUGCCAGUCAGAGUGUGUUCUAUAAGUAUGCCCAGUCUGGUUCACCUCCUGCCCUAUCUCAACACAUGCUCAACACCCAAACGGUGAUUGCAGCUUCUCAUUUGCAUUAGGUGCACACAUCCUGCCUUGUCUUCCGUUGUGCUUUUCUUAUGUCCUAAGCCAAAAGCACAUCUCAGUGCUUCAGUGCAGCAUUAGACCAUGUUUUUCCUCUCUUAGCAGAAAUACGGCUCCCAGCACUACCUCCCAUGUGGAAGCAUCACAACUGAAAGCUUUCUCAUGUGUGAUCUGCAGGUAGUUUGUUCAUUAAUGUUUGGAAGCCUUUUCCUGUUAUGCUUUUCAAGAAAGUGAGCUUGUCCUACAAGGAGCACAUCGGAUCUCUUCUGGUUCUUGGCCAAAGUGAGGUGAGAGGCACAGGAAGAUUCGGAGAGUAGGCGAUCUUUUUCUGUCACUAACACAAACCUAAGCCCAUUGAGUACAAAGAAAAGACACGCUUCAUUGUCUCUGAACUGCAACAACACAAGGGAACGCACACUUUUAAUUCCAAAUGAUGGCCAUAACUUUUAAAGAGAACAUAUGUCUUAUUUUCUUAAUGUGUUUGCAAAUUCUGUCUCUAACCUAGACAAGACUUCUCAACUGGUUCUGCUUGUCACCUGUCUGUAACAGCUGCAAAUGCCUUUUGCAGAUAUUUCAGAGGUACAAAACCUGUUCUUUCUGAGGACAGCUGUCUGACAGAUCAAAACAGCAAGGAAAUGACCAAAGCAGAGACAAUGAAAUCUGGUUCAUUAUAACAGAAUAGUCUUCCCUCUAAUUUGUUGGUUCUUGGGUUAUCUCCUGGCUCUGGCUUUUUAUCUGACAUCCUUUUGGUUAGGCUGUAGGAUCUCAGCUGCAGCAAAUGCAGCAUCCCUGUUUUUGUCUGUUAAAACAGCGCUUGUGGGUUAUCUUUGCUUGCUUGUUGUCAGCAGUAUCCGUAAGCAUUUGUUGUUUGGAGAGAUGUAUGUAUCAUAAUUAGCUUUUAAUUCUUAGGAUGGAACAAAGAAUGUGGCCCCAUGGAUUAACUGGUGUAGCAUAUGAACCUGCUCCUCCCUACUCAGAGGGCAUCCAUUGCUAAUCUCUUCCAAAUGAGGGCCCAGUCUCCAUUGAAGGGUGACUCUGGACUCCUGGUUGCAUACAGGGAGAGAGAUUUGUUCCCUUCAAAGCAGCUUGUUUCUUGCCUUCCUGGGUAAGCUCUGGUGUAACAUGUACCCGAUUCAGUGUGUGCACUUCAGUGCUGCUAUGCAAACACAGGCAGCAUGAGGAAUAAACAAGAGGAGUUAGAGAAGUGCAUGUGAUGGUAGGGCUGUAAUCUCAGUGGCAUCACAAGAGACAUGGUGGGAUGAAUCCUACGUCUGGAGCAUUGGGUUACAAGCUCUUCAGGAAGCAUGGGCAAGGGAGACAAGGAGGGGAUGGCAGCAGGGUUGGAAAUGGGUGAUCUUCAAGGUGUCUUCCAACCCAAACCAUUCUAUGAUUCUAUGACUACAGCUAUUGGUGCCUUGCAGGAUCUCAUCUCUGCUGAGAGUGCACCUACUAAUCUUUCAACUUCCUCCAAUGGAAGAAAGUCUAAGUUAUCUAAUGGACAACUAGGAAUGAAGCAAUGGUAGGUGGAUCAUGUUGAGAAGGAAAGAUGGGCUAUUUACCAGGAAGCCAGUAUCAGCAGGACAGGAAAAAUUGGUUUGGCUUUGGAUGUAGAGUGGAUACCAGUGGGGAUAAAUACCAGGCACUGAGAGGAAUUUCAGAGCUGAGUUUAUGGUUUCUCACUGGUCUCAGGGCCUGCCCCGGACCCAAAGCAGGCUGAGCUGCUGCUGCUGCGAGAGACAGACAGCUGGGCUGCCAGCACAGCCAGAGCCCCUACUCCGCCUGGGGACUAGGGGGCUUUGCAAAGGGGAUGCUGGGCCCUGAGCAGCAGCUGGGCAGGCAGCAUAGCCAAGGUGAAACAGCCUGUUUCCCUCCUCACAUCUCUUUUGUGCUGUUGAAACAGUCUUUUGUGCUGUUGAAACAUCUCUUUUGUGCUGUUGAUUCAGCCUUCACGUAGAGUUGAGUUUGUCGUGUUGGUUUCUUUGAUUCAGUAGCUGGGAUGUUGAGUGUAGUUUUGUCUUCUGUUUCUAUUCACCUUUUCUCCGUACCAUACUCCCUCUGCACUGGUAUCUGCAGUGGUUUGAACUAUUGCUGCAAAGGGGGAUUAGCUUUCAUUUAAGAACAUGGAAACCCAUCACUUAAAUUUCAUUUAUCGUUCAUCCUAUCCUCAAAACUGCAGGCAUACAGUUAUUAAACAGAGGGGGAGCGUAAGCAUCUUUCUUAGCAUCUUAAAAUCCAAUCAGGAAGGUAUUUUGAGGACUGAAGUUUGGACUACAUCUAGCAAGGGGAAAGAGCUGUCACUUAGCACAGAUCUGUUUAUAAAUACUGCUCUCCAAGAGACAACUGACAAUUGUAAUGGGGCUAAUUCUUCUAGCAGCACUGGCAGAACACCGUCAGGGCUGUCUGGCACCGCACAGGAAAUUUCUUCCAUGAAAGAAAACUAAUUCUAAACAAGAUGGUUUUAGUGUGAGUUAUGUUGCUUGAAGUGCUAUUACAGCGAGUGAAACAAGUGGCAUUGUUUCUCAGUGUUUUAAAAUAAGCUACCCUGCAAUCGAUAUGGAUUUAUUCCUUGCCUCUUCCCACAGCAUCCAGAAGGAUCUUUCAUUUUUCUUUCAGACAAAAAUGUAUCUUCGUUUAAUGCAUAUUAUCUAUUGCACCUUCUGUGAAAUACAAUGUACGUUUGAUUGUCUGCCUAGAGUGGAUCAAUCCCUGCCUCCAGGCAAUUCUCGCUGACUCAAGGUGAUGAACAGUGCCCUUACAGAUCUAGAUCAAGCUGUGAUGCUGCAUUCUACUUCUCACUAAAUGAUGGUUUAACUUCCUUUUUCAUAUGAAAGUGUGAUGCAGGGGCAGAGUGUAAGUUCUGUUUACUUUCAAUGGCACCUUAAUGGUCCUGAACCAUUCUUAUCCAGACACUUCAUGGGCUAUAACUGGCUAAUUAAAAAGGAGGGUGUAGGUCAGCUACUUCUUUCUGUCUCAUUGUGGGAUAAAUGCAUGUUUUGGAGAAACAUGAGAAGGAAUGGCUUUUAGGACAGCAAUUUCUUUGACUUUGGGACAACUUUGGUCCAGAAAUAGAAGCUUCACCAAGAAAUGGCACUGGAGCAAAGCGCUUUGAGCAUCAGUGUGUCACUAGAUUCUGGGUUCUCCUGAAAGGCUGUAACCCUCAAAGAGCCUUAUUCCCAAGAAACAGGUCAGCCAGCCCAACAGCAGCGCCUUUGGCCUUGUUAGAGGAAACUUACCAUACUCAGUUACUGGCUAACAGAAAUGUUAAAACUAUUUCUGACUACCUGACUGGCUUCUGCAUUACUCAUUGCAGCGCUCUACUAAAUAAUUGCCCAUUAGCCAACAGCAGAGCAUUUCAGAAGUCUGGAUUCACUCAAGGUGGUUAUCAAAUCCAAAUCUCAAGCCCGUGGGAGAAUUACUCCCCCCUGCAGGAAGAAAUGUAGAGACUAUCACUAGCCCACAAACACUUCAUUAGUGUUAAACCUUGCACUACAGGCAGUGGAACUGGCUGCAUUUUGCUGAAGCAAGAUGAUUAUUUGGAAAAAGAGGAGGGGAAUUGAUGGAAGUCUUCACAGCUGGCACAUAGAUGAAUUUUAUACUUUUUCAUAUUGUCAUGGUAUUUCACCAAAUUUUUGUAACUAAGAUUAGAUAAGUAGGUGAUAAAAACCAGCUGCUGGUAGCUGUGAGCUUAAGCUUUCAGAAGUGUGAUAUGAGAAUUCAGAACAACCUUUGCUAUAUAACAGGCAUUUAAUUAUAAUUUUUAAGCUUCUAAAGUCUAACCCUUUUACAACCAGACUUUCUUCUCUUUCAGACAGUAGCUAAUCAGACUCAUUUUUGUGCUGAAUUCAGUGUCUCUGUGCCUAUCUUUGAUACUCAGUAAAACUGACAGUGUGGACAGCUUGUGUUUAUAGUAGGCUGAAGGGCACGUACCUGGCCAAGAAUGUGCUUGCUUACUGCCUGUGGUCAUUAUCAUUGUCUCAGGUUGCUGAGCACUGUGAAGCAUAUUUUAAAAUAGAAAGCUUCUACAGGUGGGUUUUUUUUUUUUUCCUCCAGCUCUUUAUUGGUGACUGGUGCUGGAUGAGCUGCUGUAACAUAAGAUCACAACAGAGUUGCGAUGUGCCUGCUUUCAUCAAGGCUGGGCCCCUUCAAGCAGAUCUGCUCCAGAAGGGAGAGAGAAAAUGCUUUGAGCCUUCUGUUCACAUCUGAAAAUCGGUUUGGCAGGUAUCGUAUAGCAGACUUCCUUCCCACUUUCUCUGGGCUGUGACUGAGCAGUCCCUGGGGAAGUAUUCAGUUAUAUCAGUAUAUGGCAGCGCUCCCUCGCACCACAGCAGAUUUCUGUGUGUGCAUUAAAAAUGGGAAAAGAUGAUCUUUAGUUCUAAAAUACAAGGCCAUGCAUGGGACAGAAGUAAGGGAAAAACAAAUAUCCAAAGACUGAGACUUGUGCAAGAGGGAUCACAGUGGUGCCUGUACCAGCUGUUGUCAGAGGAGAGACGAUUCCUCCUGAAUAAGCAACCUUUUUUAAAUAUACUGAACCUGAAACAAGUUUGGGGAUGAUCUUCUCUGAGAAGAGCCUAUUUUAGACAAAGUGCAUGAUUCUGUAUUUUUUCCUGAACCACACAAAUUUUGCCUAAUGAAAGUAUUUACAAGUAAAUGUGAAUUAACACUCACUACUAAUCUGGAAGCAGUCAGCUGUCUUAAAGAAUUCAAGCACAGCUUGAAGAUCAAAGGCAGCACUGCAGACAGAUCUCAGGGAGGGAGACUUGACUGCUACUGCACCUUCCUCUACUGGCAUCAGGGUGCAGAAGCACAGAAGGCAGAGGAAAUGUAGCAAGAAGUCUCAGCUCUGAUCCAGGUUGUUCCAUAACCCAUCUGCCCUAAUGAUUUUCUGUCAUGGCGUAUCAGGUGCCUUUGAGCACCAGGAUUCAAAUGUGCCCAGCAGGAGUGCCGACUUCCCUUCUGUGGAACAAAUUACUUGGUAUUAUAGAGUCUGAAGCCCUGUGGGAUGGAGCUGGAGUUACUGUGGGGUUUUUUUUAACAGCUUCCAUUUCAAUUAAUAUUGUGAAAUAAUAUUAAUCCAUGCAAGUGUUAUUGAUGGGUUAUAUUUCCCUGUGCUUGCAGGGGUAGGGAAGUGUAUCAGCAGUGACUGGAGAACAAAACCAUACUGAAAUCAGUCAUCUGGAUAUAGUUUAAAAGCAUUUGAAGCUCAACUGCAUGCACUAAGGACUGAUGCUGACAAAAACAUAUAGCCCUU